GUAACUUCCGGGUGCGACUGUCACUUCAUUCCGGUCGGGAGCUGAAGGCGCUGGGUUCUCUCCUCGCGUCUGAAUCCCUCAGGACUGCCGCCGGCCUGUUCCCAGUGGGAGGGACAUGAGCGUCCCCGGGCCGCCGUCCCCCGACGGGGUCCUGACAGGGCCGCCCGGCAGCCUGGAGGCCAGGGAAUUGAUGCCGGGUUUGAGUGAUGCUUCUCCGGAUGAAGGGUUAAUAGAGGACCUGAGUGUAGAAGACAGAGCUGUGGAGCAGCUGGCCGAAGGAUUGCUUUCGCACUACUUGCCAGACCUGCAAAGAUCAAAACAAGCCCUCCAGGAACUCACACAAAACCAAGUUGUCUUACUAGAUACACUGGAACAAGAGAUUUCAAAAUUUAAAGAAUGCCAUUCUAUGUUGGACAUUAAUGCUUUGUUCACUGAGGCCAAACAUUACCAUGCCAAGUUGGUGAACAUAAGGAAAGAGAUGCUGAUGCUUCAUGAGAAGACAUCAAAGUUAAAAAAACGAGCACUGAAACUACAGCAGAAGAGGCAGAAAGAAGAGCUGGAAAGGGAGCAGCAGCGGGAGAAGGAAUUUGAAAGAGAAAAGCAGCUAACUGCCAAACCAGCGAAAAGGACGUGAAAAGCUGUGUCCGCGUGUUUGCUAAGCCCUGUCCCGUGUUCUCUGGAUGUGCGAUGGCUGGAGUGUAGAGUGGCAAGGGAGGCCUUGUACCAUGGUAUCCUGACGCCAGGAUUGCUGUGUCUUCCCGUGUUCGUUUCAGCCGUUCAGCCAGCCCUUUCCUUGGGCAGUAGAUGUAGCAUCACUUGAUUUGAUUUGGAUACUAAUGUGUACUUUUUUUUUUCAACUUAUGUUUACCUAAUUUAAAAAUUCUCUGAAUCGUUUUGAACUGAAUAAUAGCUUGAUGUCAGGCUCUCAACUCUAACUCGUCAAAAAUUAGUAUUAAUUUAAAAAG